AGGGGGCAGGGCAACACAUUGCUCAGUAUAAAAUGUCUAGAGCGCUUUCCCUUCCCUUCUCACCUUUUUAACCGUAACCUUAUUCCAUACAACGACUGCGGCUUUCGUCACUCAUCUCGUCCAACAUGCUGCUCCCUCCGAUCAACUUUCUCACACUACACUGUGAUGCUACCCACUUCCGCGUGCAGUGUCUACCAUGUGAUAGCUAAUCUCUGAUUUGCCGCUAGAUGCGUACAUCAUCUUAAUGGGCUUGAUAGCUAUCCCUAUUCUGUACCCUUACGGAAACAUGCCCGCCAUCGAUGCUUGGUUCUUUGGUGCCAGUGCGUCCACGGAAUCUGGCUUGAACACGUGCGUUACGAAUUCUCCUCGUGACGAUUUCUGACUUGUUUGGCAGUAUCGACGUCAAGGAUCUCAAGACAUAUCAGCAGCUCUACAUUUACUUCAUCCCUAUCUUGACCAAUCUGGGCUUCAUAAAUAUUGUGGUAGUCAUCGUGCGCCUCUUUUGGUUCAAGAGGCACCUAAAGCGUCUUGCUCCUCAAAUGCUUGACAACAGCACAGGCAUAACUGAUGUCGACAUUGAGAGUACUCACAAUGAACCGAAAGUCCUUGCUGAUACAACUGAGAACUCUGCUGAAGCCACUGAUGAGACGAAUGGUAAGGCAAAAGCGACAGAUGACCUCAUCGAAGAGGACCCUACAGUUGCAAAUGAAGACAGGCGAGUUGCCCGUACCAUGACCAUCACCUUCGAUCAAUCCACCGAACAGCACAAGGAUGACGAUGCGCUCUACAUCCCUGGUCCGCGAGCUCGCGAUCGCGGGUAUCCAAUUGCUCCCAGAGCGGCGCGGCAUCCGGAAGACAGUGAUGAUGACGAUGUAAUCAAACCUGUACCCAACAGAAAUCAGAAUGACGGAAGCUCCUCCAUGCGUCGCCGCCGACGCUUCAGCAGCGAUGACGGUCUAAAAGUCACAGCUUCCCGCUCCAUGGAUCGGGUUGCGGGCGUAGCAGCCUCCCUCCUGGUUUUGGGAUCACAGACCGCGCCUCAGCCACGGCCCAUCUCUUCAGACUCAAACCGACAGCCUGCCAUCAACGACGUCCCAUUCCUCUCACGGCAAGCUACCCUCGGACGGAACUCGCAGUUCAAGAACCUCACAUCCCAUGAUCGAGAGAUUCUCGGUGGUAUCGAGUAUAGAAGUCUGAAGCUGUUGCUGAAGAUCGUUGUGGUUUACUUCUUUGGUCUUCAUAUCUUUGGUGCAGUUUGUCUCGUCGGCUGGAUCCAUACUGCUGAUAAGCAAUACGCGGAUAUCUUGCAGGCAAGUGCGCAGGAUAAGACUUGGUGGGGCAUAUACUCCGCUCAGACAAUGUAUGAUAACUUAGGCUUUACUCUCACACCGGACUCCAUGAUCUCAUUCCGCACUGCCAAGUGGCCCAUGAUCCUGAUGAGCUUCCUCGCAUUCGCUGGGAACACGCUCUAUCCCGUCUUUCUGCGCCUGAGCAUCUGGAUCAUGUCAAAGCUGGUACCAAAGACCUCACCUACACAAGAGUCCCUCGCAUUCUUGCUCACUUAUCCUCGUCGAUGCUACACGUUGCUCUUCCCCAGCGGCCCGACAUGGAUCCUCUUCGGUAUCAUCUUUGCUCUCAACUUCAUCGAUAUCCUUCUCAUAAUAGUUCUCGACCUCUCCAAUCCCGAAGUUUCUUCUCUUCCGCUUUCUCAACGCAUCCCAGCCGCUAUCUUCCAGGCUGCGUCAGCGCGCCAUACUGGUACCGCCAGCUUCAAUCUUGCAAACGUCAGUCCCGCUGUGCAGCUCAGCUUACUGAUAAUGAUGUAUAUCGCCGUUUUCCCCAUCGCGAUCAGUAUUCGUGCGUCGAAUGCUUAUGAGGAAAAGUCCCUUGGUCUUUGGGAAGAAGAGAAGUCUCUGGACGAGAAGCACAGCAAGACUUAUCUCUUGACGCAUAUGAAGAACCAGCUUGGCUUCGACCUUUGGUACAUUUUCUUGGGAACCUUUUGUAUCUGUAUUUCUGAGUCGACAAGGAUCGCAGAUGUCAACGAGCCUGCAUUCUCGGUAUUUUCGGUCUUAUUUGAAGUUACCUCUGCAUAGUAAGUGUUGUUUUGGCGGGAUCAGUGUGGGAGACAAGUGCUAACCCUCUGGUCAGCGGUAAUGUUGGGCUGAGUCUUGGGUACCCAACAGUGAGCACCUCACUCUGUGGCAUGUUUGGAACUUUUGGAAAGGCAGUAAUCUGUUUGAUGAUGAUUCGAGGGCGUCACCGUGGAUUACCAUAUGCCCUCGAUCGUGCCAUAAUGCUCCCCACUGGGCAGAUUGCUGAGAACUGAAUGGUACUUAACAGAAUGUCGAGACUCUAGUAGACAGUCCUUGCUGUUCAGGAUUUGAGCGACAUCCUUCUAAGGGCUUCUCCAAUGAUCCGACUCUACCUUUUGUGCAGGAUUCUCUUAGUUUGAGGCAAUGAUAAAUAGCAAAUGGCACCAUAUCUCCUCAAAAACAAUCGGUGAUGUCGGUGAAAUUCGGAUCAACACCCUGGAGAAAGCUUCAAGUAGUACCGUUCCCAUGAUCAGGAUUAAAGCAAGUAUAGAUAAAAUACCAAGAUAGAAGAAAUGCAUCAUGAAGACGAUAGAACUUGCCCUAGUA